AUGGAGGCCUCACAUCCAAGUUACUCAGCUUGCCAGGUCCGGGAUCCCGAUGCAGAUGCAAUUGCAGAUCACGAUCACACUAUAAGUGCCACGCCCGCGGGACAGGCUCCUGUCCAAAUCGCAACAACCAUCUCAAUACCAGAACCACUAUUAUCAGACCGCCGGGCAAGGGUAACGCUUCGCGGUUCGGAAGAUGUGCAUUGGCCCGAAGAGGACUCCAUCGCUCUCAGCCGCUGCAUUGACACUAUCGAAUCCGCUCUCGACCCACGCCCAGACCUAACGCAUGAAAUUGCCAAAUGUCGUCCAAAAAGUGUUCACGCCGAAAAAGCAAGAACUGCCACUGCCGAUCUGCCUACCAAUCCUCCAAUCAAUAUCAACAGAGCCAUGCCAGUCGGCAAGGAGGCUUCGCUGAAGAAUCUGACGGCUGUCCUCCAUGAAGUCUCCUCACUGCGAAAUGAGUUCAAUAGGCGCCGAGAGGAAUCGCUCCAAAUCCAGGACCUCCUAACUCAGGAAAUCCAGCAGAUGACGCGGAAAAUAUCUGACCUAGAACAACACGUGCACGAGUUACAGAUGGAUAUUGAGGAAGAGAGGGCUGAGCGUGAAGGGCUCCAAGGCACGGUUCACGGCCUGAUUAGUUGGGUUGAAGCGUGGCAGGAGCAGCGUGACCAGGCUUCGUACACAACCAGAACGCAAAAGAGUGGACUGAAGCGAUGGUCAAAGCGCAAGGAUAAAGAGAGCACCGAAAAUGGAAGUGAGGCUCUUCUCGACGGCAUAAGCGCGUGGUCGCGGGGGUGGAAAGAUGCCGAAGAAGAAUUUCGGAUACGGGCAAGUGAACGCAAGUUUAGAAGGGAUGGCAGACAGAGUUCGCAUGUGAAUAUCGGCGAAAGUGCGGAAUCUUGA